AUGGCUUUCCGGCUCCUGAGCGGCGAAGCCGUGGACUGCGAGGGCCGGCUUGGGCCACUGGGUGAAGUGGUGCCGGUGGCGGAAGCUCGCGAAGCCCUGGCACAGCAGCUGGACGUGGAGCGGGACAGGGUUCGAUUAGUCUGCUCGACGCAUGCAGAGCUCCAGGAUGGCGAUAGCCUGGUGCUGGCAGACAGCUGUGCCACAGUGCAGCUUUUGCCGGAUCCCUUAGAGGCCGAGCUCGCCGCGGCGCUGGACCUGGAGCAUUUUGAGGAUGCACUGGAGAUGGAGAGCCUCCAGAUCCGUGGCACUACGCUGACUGACCUACCAAGAGGCAUCGAGAAGUUGCAGAAGCUGAAGCAAGUGCUUCUGACCUCUAACAAGUUGCAGGAACUUCCUGCAAAGAUCGGAAACCUGGGAGUCUUGGAGGACUUGCGUGUGGAUGCGAAUCUGCUCCUCUCGCUUCCAAGCAGCAUUGGCAACCUACAGGGCUUGCUGGAGCUUCAUCUGGGGGACAACCUCCUCGGAUCGCUGCCGAGCGCAAUCGGUCGUCUCGCGCAGUUGCAGACGUUGAACUUGUUGAAGAACCAGCUCACGGAGUUACCGGACACCAUCGGAGACCUGCGCUCCCUGAAGAAGCUGCAGCUGGGUUCAAAUCGGCUGCGCGUGCUGCCGGAAAGCGUGGGACAGCUCGUGAACUUGCAGGAGCUUUACUUGGCAAACAAUGAGCUCCAAGAGUUGCCGCGCGGAUUUUGUGAGCUCGCCGAGCUCGAGACGGUGCACCUGGGGUCAAACAAGCUAAACCAACUGCCGGAAAACUUGGGCCGAUUACAGGCUUUGAAGGAGCUACACAUAGGCAGCAACACGCUCACCCACUUGCCGGACAGCAUAGGUGAGCUCCAGCUGCUACAGCAGCUUUUCCUGGGCAGCAACCACCUGGAGGUUUUGCCGGAGACGUUUGCCUUGGCUGGUUUGCAGAAGUUGCAUCUGCGCCAGAACCUCCUCCAAAGUCUGGCAGAGAGUUUCGGGGAGCUGCGGAGCCUCAAGAAGCUGUUCCUGGACUCCAAUCAGAUUCAGGAGUUGCCAGACAGCUUCGGCCAACUGUCUUCUCUGGAGGAGUUGCAUCUCAGCGACAACGCCCUGGCGAACUUUCCAGACAGCUUCUUCGAGCUUUCGCAGUUACAGGAGCUGCGUGUCGCCUGCAACGACCUCAAAACAGUGCCGGAGAAGUUCGGGCAGCUGUCAAACCUCAAGGAGCUCGACCUCAGUGCAAAUCCGUUGGAGGAGCUCCCUGAUAGCCUCGGGCAGCUCGAGCAGCUCGAGGAGCUGCACCUGCAUAUGACGAAGCUGACGGUGCUCCCUGAGUCCAUCCAACAGCUGAGGUAUACAGGCACGAUCAUCAUGACAGACACCUGA